AUGUUGAAAGUGAAGCAUAGAAUUUCAUCAUACCCAAAUGUUGCCAAAAGUGUUGGGUUUACAGUUAUAAAAAGCAAUAGUAAGAUAUGUGGUUUAAGAAUAAAGGUUAGUACAGUGAAAAUAAGACCGUUUAGUGCAGUUUAUUACAACAAGCAGGGAAACAAGAGUCAGUUGGACUUUAGUACAAGUGGUUCGAUGACAGACAAGGACGUACAUCGAAAACCACUGACUACUGAUUUUAGCUCUCAUGAACACAUCCAUUUACAACAAUCAGAAUCGGAGCAGAACGACUCGUUUACACUUGACGGUGAGCACCAUGCGAAGACUUUUAGUAAACCAGCGCAUCCUACACUCUCCCAUUCUCAUUCUCACUCUCACUCUCACUCCUACGGCGAGGUGAAUCCCCUGCUUGUCUUGAGUUCCAAAGAGAUCAAAAAGAACCCCGGUGUAAGAAUCACCUGGAUUGGACUCGCCAUCAACGUUGGGAUUGCAUUGGGGAAGUUCGUUGGUGGAAUUGUGUUCCACUCUCAAGCAUUGCUGGCGGACUCUGUCCAUGCCGCCAGCGAUCUCGUAUCUGACGUUCUAACUCUAGUCUCAGUCCGAUGGGCAACCAGUAAACCCACCAAGGAGUAUCCUUACGGCCAUGGGAAAAUCGAAACGGUAGGCUCGCUUGCUGUUUCGACGAUAUUGGCGAUGGCCGGUGUUUCAAUCGGUUGGAGCUCCUUGUGUGCAGUGGUGGGUCCCAUUAUACCACACACCAUAUUGGAGACGUUGAGUGCAUACAUUGGAUCGCACUCACACUCGCACUCGCACGGAGUGACAGAGGGGGUUACAAACAUCAACGCGGCAUGGAUCGCUGGUGGCUCUAUUGUCCUUAAGGAGUGGAUCUUCCAAGCGACGAAGAAAAUCGCAAUACAAUCGAACUCGAACGUUCUGCUCGCAAACGCGUGGCAUCACCGGGUCGAUUCAUUGACGUCCCUAGUAGCGUUGGUAGCGAUCACUUCAAGCCAUUUCUUCAACGUUCAAUCGCUGGACGCUAUUGGUGGUCUUCUCGUUUCAGGUUUAGUUAUCAAAGCAGGUGGUGAAGGUAUGAUUGAAUCCAUGAAGGAACUGAUCGAUCAGUCACUGCCGCAUACGAAUGAACAAUACCUGAAGAUAGAUACCGUUUUGAAGGAUAGCUUGGCUAAACUGGUGUCGAACAACAACUCCAAUAAACCUUACAAGAUCAAGGAACUGGUGGUGCUUCAAUCCGGCAGGAAUUACAGAAUAUCCGUUGUAUUAGAGGCACCCAAACAGAAGUGGGACAAUGUGUUGGGCAUUGAUGAAAUGACCAACGUUACAAAGUAUGUGCGGAAUAUGCUAAAGAGAGAAGUCAAUAACAUUGGGAAGUUGGAGGUCGAGUUUGUUCAAGAAGGUAGCACGGUCGAUAAUGGUGAUACAUUUCAGGACAACCGCAACGACAAGAACCAUGCACAUACACACACAGAAAACAGUGCUGAUCAGCACAACCACCACAGUCAUUAA